CCAGAGCGAUCUGUCUGCUUUCGUGAAGCGACACGACAACACACUCGCGAGCGUCCUCUCAGCAGUCGCCACUCGGCAACACUGUCCCCCAAUUAUUGUCUUAUCAGUGAACCACUCCUCCAUGCCACGUGUAUGAUCUCUUCAUUUUUCGUUUCGGAGUAAUAAAAAUUAUUGUGAUAUAAGUAUAGUUUGCUGUGUGAAAACUACUCAACAAUUUUCUACCAGUUUCAUUCAAAACAGUGAUCGACAAAAAACGUAAUAAGCUGGAAGUAACAAUCUGCUAACGGAAAAUUUGCAAGACUGACGACGAAAUUCUGUACGAAACUCAUAUCAAGAUUACCACCAAAACUCAACCACUCUCGUCCAAACAGAACUGAACAGGACUAAGCUGCAAACCUACAACUGAAAGACAACGUCGGAGUGUGACCAGCAGAAAACUUCAAAGUGUGACAACAUCAAAGUGUGACGUCGACAAAGUGUGCAAACUCUAAACGUAACAACGGCUAAGUCAGUGGAAAGGACGACAGAAAAACGAUCAUCACCCGCCGUCAAAUCGGAACGGUAUCUGUUGCGGUCUCUAUGAUUGUCGGUGAAGUGUGCUGAGGUCAAAGUGUGCCAACGUCAAACCACGUCAAAAUGCAUCUAGAAGUACAGGUGGCGCUGAAUUUUGUCAUCAGCUAUUUGUACAACAAGCUGCCACGGAGACGCGUGAACAUCUUCGGGGAGGAACUGGAGAAAGCGCUGAAGGAGAAGUUCGUGGGGCACUGGUACCCCGACAAACCCUUCAAGGGCUCGGCGUUCAGGUGCCUGAAGACGGGUGACCCGGUGGAUGCGGUGCUCGAGAGAGCGGCCAAGGAGAGCGGGGUCCCUGUUCAGGAUAUCCUCGAGAACCUUCCUUCCGAGCUGGCUGUGUGGGUUGACCCUGGUGAGGUCAGCUAUAGGAUUGGCGAGAAGGGGGCCGUCAAGGUACUGUUCAGCGAGAGCGACACCUCCCUCUACCACCAUCUCCACCACUCACACCACAACGCGCACGCGCACGCGCAUCACGGCAUAACCUCCGCAGACGUGUCGGCGUGUCUUGCGUCGCUUGUCGGUGACGACUCUGCCGGAAAUGACCAGAAGACCUUUAACCCGGAAGCGCAGUGCUUCCGGCCCAUCGACAACUGUCCGACCACCGACGACACGUCCGGUUUGUCGUCCGGCGUUGUCGGUGCACUGUCGUCGGCGCUUGGAUCGACGGCUGGCAGUGGAGCUCCCUCGCCGCAACCGACCCGUACGCCGCCCAGUCCUGCUCCUAAUCAGGCAUUUGUUGGGGGCCCACAGCAGCACUCCCCCGUGUCGAGAGGCGUGGGUGGGGGAGCAGCCCCCCUUACAUUUACUACAGCCACCUUUGCUCAGACAAAGUUCGGCAGUACCAAGCUCAAGACUAACUCCAAACGCGCCAACAGGAUGUCCCCGACCGAGUUCUCCAACUACAUCAAGCAGCGCGCCCUGCAACAAGCCGGUCUUCACCACGGGGGCCCCGCUGCAGGGGGCGUCAACUCCCCGAUCCGAUCUCUGUCCCCCGCCUCGGGCGCCAACCAUUCAGCAUCCGAUUACUACUACCACUACCCGCACCACAACUGGGGCGCGCCCCAUCACCCCUACACGCCCCCUUACGCUCCUGAGACCACCCCCUACUAUACCCAGGGGGCCGGUGCACAGAUGGCCGCAGGUGGGCCCCAGGGCACGCCAGGGGGGCCUCAGUCAGGGAGCGCCCCUUCGCAGCAGCCGCCCCAGGCGCCGCUUGAUAAGCAGCUGGUCGAUUUCGGCCUCUCCUCUCAGUUCCAGCAUCUGCUAGUAGCCAAUUAACGCUGGAGGACUUUCGUUAUAGCCGGAGACCAUAGAGGUAUUUACUUCAUAGAGGGCUUCUUAUCAGCCGGCAACUCAAAUUUACUAUUCAUAAAAAAUGUCUCUAUACUCCUACAGAUAUCAGAAAAAUUCCUAUUCGUGAAAAAUUUCAUCAAAACCCUACAAACAAUAGGAAAUUUCCUAUUUCUAAAAAAUGUCAUAAAACCCCUACAAAUAGUGGUGAAUUUUCUAUUCGUGGAAGAUGUCAUCAAAAUCUUACAAAUGGUAGGAAAUUUCCUAUUCGUGAAAAAUGUCACUAGAGUCCUACAAACAAUAGAAAAUUUCAUUUUUAUAAGAAAUGUCACUAAAACGCUAGAAAAAUUAGGAAAUUCCCCAUUUAUUAAAAAUUCAUCAGAAACUUACAAAUAGCAGGAAAUUUCCUAUUUGUAGAAAAUGUCUUCAAAGCCCUACAAAUAUUAGGAAAUUCCAUAUUCAAUCAAAAUGUCAUGAAAGUCCAACAAAUAGUAGGAUAUGAUGCGUUUUUUCGAGUUGCUGGUUGAAAUGAAACCUUAUUUCUCAUAUUAGACUGGACAUACUCAACUACCACUUGCACCUCGUUUGGGCAUUGAUCGUUGAAACUAAGCAGAAACCGGUAAAAUUUAGCCAAAAUUUUAACUUCUUCUCAAAUGUGAAGUUUUCAGACAUAGGUCUUUUGUUAUAAAAUAACUAAUCUUAAACUUGAUGUAGGAUAAUAUGGCAUAGACAGCUUUCUACAACUCCAAGAAAAUGUGUUGUAAAAUUUCAAUUUAAUAAAAAUUCAUCAUCUACCGAGCAAAUCAAGCUUUGUAGAUCAUAGAAUUCAAGUAGAUCUCCAAAUUUAUGACAGAAUUUCUACUAGAUUCGUUAUAGAUACUAAUGGAAUUAUUUUUCAGCACUGAUCUCAAACUUUUAGCUUGCAUACAGCUUGAUAAAUAACAUUUAUCCAAUUUAUUACAUUAAUAAAAUAGAAAUUUAUUGUAAAAAAUUCUAAUAAGAAGAUUACUCCUUUCUAAUCACAACUGUACUCAAAGUUAAUUAGAUUAAAGUGAGAUAAAGUAUACAAGGUAUAAUCAAACAUACCUAUUUAGUACCCAGAACAGUACCUACUACAAAACAGGCCUAAAAGAAGUGAACCAUUUUACAUUAAAAUUACUACUAGUAGUUCAUUUGAACCGUACAGAUAUUUAUAUUAAACAAACUUUAAUAAACUCCACUUGCAGACUGUUUUUAAAAUAGAGAAAAAUCAAAUAGCUGAAAUCUGCAGCUACAGGUAUUGAGAAUUUAGUUGAAAAACUUCAGUUUUUGGACUCAAGAUACAAGAGCUUAAUCACUCAUCGUUUGCAGCUAUAAUUGAAUUCUGUAACUUAUCCUCAAAUCGAUAAUGUAUACAGUGAAUCAUUUGAGUAUUAGUAAUACUAUUAUAUUGCUUAACGUCGUAAAUUGUGAGCAAUACUGAUUUGAAAACUAGCAUCUUAAAGAUUUCCUUCAAACUUCUAGCUAGUUUGUGGAAUUGUCAAAAACUAUAGGAAUUUUGAAUGAAAUACUGAUCAUCCGUAGCUUUGUAACAAGCUGACUUACAAGGCGUAUUUUGAUAACAGUGCAGAUUUUUACUUGUAAAACAAAUUAUAUUUAAAACACCAUCUCAAUGCUAAGUAAUUAGAUAUGUUUUCGCAAAUGCCAACCUGUUAUUCAAAGACAUACGUUCCUAGCAAACUUGGAAAAAAAUUGGCAAUUUUCCCGGCUAGGCCUGACUUGGCAAGCUGAACAAAUUCCAAUAGUGAAGGAUCAAUUUUCUAUGCACUAGAAUAGACAAGUCCUGACAAAAUCUAGAAGUAAAAUGCGAAAAACAUUGUAGGUAAAUUUUGAAAGUCAAGCUGGUACCGGUAUUUUUUAUCGAAAAACUGGGAGAAAGUUCUCAUAUUUGUUUUCUCUUGUAGAAAAAUAAUAUGUGUGUUAUAGUUUCAAUGCAAGCGCUAUGCUCCAAUUUAUUUUUUGGCUUGAAGUCAAAGCCAGUCGUUAGGACCCGAGAGAUUCUGAACUAGUGACUCAUCAAUGUGGAAAUAUAUUCAGCUAAAAGUGGAACCUCACAUUUGCUAACAAUAUCUAGGCUGUUCAAAUUUGAAAUAAAAAAACAUCCAACAAACAGUAAACAACUACUGAUAAAUUUCUCAAUAAAUAAAAGUCUACUAAAAAGCUGUUAGUUGAAAUUUCGAAACAUCAACAAGUAAACAAAGUCGGUCGAUAAAUUUUGAAAUACUCGUAAUAAGAUUGACAGAUAAAAAACUUAAAACAUUUUGAAAACUCUCUUCUUGAGAUUUCAAGACUGUGAGUGUACAAUGCUAGAAAUCGAAGUCCCACAAUAUUAUGUAGAAUAUUGACAAAAUCAAUAUUGUUAUCAAUAUAAUUCAAGAUAUUUUUGAAUAUUAUUAGUAAAUUGUUUCAAAUUUUUAGAUACCUCUUAUAACGUGCUGUGAUCCAGUUCGUUGUUGAUAAGCAAUAAUUAUUAUUAUAAUAUAUUCACCCAACAUUUUUACAAAAAUUUGAAUUUUAAUCUAGGGAAGGGCAGAAGUUAUUCUCACUUGAACAAUUUCAUCAAAUAUUGUCCCUUAAUUAUUUGGGAUUUACUGUCUACUGUCUAAAAAUCCACACCACUCUCUCACCUUACACCACAGCUAUUACCUUAUUUAUAAAAUUAGAUCAUUUAUAAACUUGAAUAGUACAACUCUUCCAAUAGUAUUUCCUCCUUUACGGUCGAUCUCUAUGAUUUCCUCUUUCUCCUUCUUGUUUUUCUUUCAAUUUUCCUCUUCUUCCCUUCCCAUUUUCUCUCCAAUAUUUUUGGGGUCAAUAACACUCCAAUCACCCAACUCCUAGACAAUUGAUGAGUUAGCAUACUUACACCAAAUCAAAUGACCUUAACCUAGCUUAUUCAAUCCAAAAAUUUAUUGCUAAUUAUGCAUUAUUUUUCAAGCUCAGCAAAUUCUUACUUCUGCUGCACCUAGGUUGUUGCUCUUGAAUAUUAUUCUAGCUGGUCUAUGAUAAUGAAUGAUUAAUUCCAAAACCCAUUAAUCGCUAGCGAUCUUAUAGAUCGAUUGUUUUAAUAGUAUAAUAUUAAAAUAUUGUUUUUAAUAUUAACUAUAUUGUUAUUAUGUGUGCUGGUUAUGCAUAAAUCUAUUAUCGCUCUUUUAGAAAUUUUAUCAAAUAAUCUCUGUUUAAGUGUAGUAAAAAUUUUUCACAUUUAUAGAUUAUCGAUAAUAAAACAAAAAUAUAUAUUGUACGAAUUUUCCAACUCACUGUAUUUAUUAUAAUAUGAAUGUAUAAUGAAUGUAUGGCAUAUGGUCUCACUUACAUAGCCUGUUGAAUAUAUAUGUAUUAUUACCGUUAAUAUAUACUCAUUAAAGGUGUACGAAUUUUUAUAUAGAGUCAUUUUUUCUAAAUAGUCGAAUAUUAGAUGCGUAGAGCUAAUUUUUCAUAAAAAUUAUAUUCAAAGUUUAUUAAUGAUGUAGCUUAAUAUAUUAUGUAGUAUUCAUAGUGUAGUAAAGACGUACCACAAAACUAUCAAAUAUUGUCACUUAUAACUUUAAAGUUUUAAUGACAUUAUUUGUUAGUUUUAAUGAGAAAAGGUAGGUACUGUAAUAAUAUUUAUCAUCACAAUAUUAUAGAACAUCUUCUCACUAUUCAAAUGAUACUAUGUAACUAUAUUAGGCUACUAUAUUAUAUAUCAUACAGUAAUAAGCAAAUAAUUAUUGGAAUUUUCCUCAAUUAAUAGGUUUCAAAUUUCAUUGAAAACUUUUCUUCAUUUAUCCUUAAUAUCUCGUCAUUUGUCUGUGAAAAUUAAUAAUAAUUGUUGUAUUUCUGACAGUAUUCGGUUAUAUAUUGUAUAAAUUACAAAGAAAAUAAUGUUUGAAUAUUUAAUAUGGAAUAUUAUACAAAAUACGUUGAUAUGUAUAAUAUUGGUAUAUAUUUGUUUUUUAUCAUUUUAUAUUUUUAUAUUUGAAUGUUUUACUAUUGCACUAUAACAUAGAAAACUAUAAUCAAAUUACUAUUGUACAAUUAGUUGUUAAAACUAGUCAUUGAAAUGUAAUUCGACUUCAAUAUUUUAUUAUUGUCGUGGCUGUAAUAUCUUUACUAGUUGCUGCAUAAACAUUUUUUAAACAGGAAAAUUCAAUUAUUGGUGUAUGAGGCUGGAUGUCUUUUCAACUAUUUGAAAUUAUUCAGUAUUUAUUCAAUUGAAAAACAAUCUUGAUGUGCUUCAUAGUGAUAUAGUGUACAAAUUGAUAACCGUAUUUAAAAUCUGAUUCAUUUUUCAAAAUUAUUCACAGUAAUUGGAGAGAAAGCAGUAAAUUGAGCUAUUUUACUUUCAAAUUUUCUAUCGCUCUAUCCAUCUAUCCAUCUAAUUUAUUCAGAAACAUGUAUCAGAUGCCAGAAUACAACCAACUUACAGCAAUAGAGUUAACACAAGAUUCUGUGGAAGCCUACAAUGUUAAAAUGUAUAAAUUUAUUUGUUUAACAACUCAUUUGAAUACUUUUUCGGUAUUUAUAUAAAUUUGAUUUGAGAAUAUCUCAUAUAUAUUCCAAUUGAAUGCUAUCUUAUUCAAUUCCAACUACUUUAACAGGUCAAUUUGUUUCUCUUUUCGCAUGUGGACAAAUUAUUUUAACUAUUUAGUAUUUUUCUUGAAAGUGACUGAGAAUUUAUAGUAGGUACUUUAGCUCAAUUCUGACUCCCCAUAUUUAUUAAUCUAUCCCAUUACUUUACACAUUAUUCACACAAGAUAUCCCAUCAUUUAUAAAAGAUAAAUAGAAACCAGUUACAAAAUACAUGCAAGCCUAUUAUUAUAGUGGUAAUCUACUACCAUCAAAAAUACCCACCCAAUUUUGAAAUAGCUCAACCAGAUUAUGGAAUAGCACCCAGGAAAUGUAUUUACCUUCCCGUAAAUACACUAUUCCCCACCCCCACCUACACCAAAUCAGCCAUCAAAAAUACAGUUUCAACUUUCUAAAUACAAUUUUAUCUCCAGUGUCAUAAUCGAUGUAAUUUAUCUGAUUUUGAUGAUAUUAUAAAUACAUAGACUCUUAAAUAUUUCACAUAAUAUAACAAUGAUACAUAUUAUAUAUUUUUACUAAACGAAUAUAAAUGUACACAAUGUUAAAACUGCAUGUCAAGUAUAAAUACAAAUAUAUUAUUACUACUACUACUACAAAACAAUAUAUCAAGUAUUGUCUGUGUGUAAAAAUAAAACAAUGAAAAAUUUAUUUCAUUAUGAAAGAAUAUAUUUGUACUUUAGUAUUUUUGUACGUGAUUGAAUUAAUAAAAAUUAUAAACUGUAGAUCGAUAGUGGUUCAAUUAUUGAGGUUAAUAUAAAUUAAUUAUUGUGUAUUGAUUAUAAAUGGAAAAUUUUAAUAGUGAUACAUUAAUUAUUGUUGUUAAUAUUACGAUAAUUGUUUCUCAAAAAUACUGUCUUUAACAUAUGGUUGUGUUCCUUUGUUGAAUUUUUUUAUAAUUUAUAAUAUAUUGUUGCAAAUAAUUAUUACUCUAAUUUCAAGUUGAUUCUAUUUUAUGUUGAUUUUUGUGUUAAUAAAUAAUUAUUGUCGAUAAUGUUUGAGUGGAACCAAUUAUUGUUUUUUGUUGUUUUUGGUAGAAAAUUGAGUUAUUAUGGAAAUAGUAGAUUUCGUUAGUUGCAUAAUAUAUUUAUUAUUAGAGAAAGUUUCACUCAUUUUCAGUAGUUUGUUGCCCAAAAUUAUUGAAAUAGAUAAAACUAUUAUUAGGCGCCGCAGACCGGGAUGCGUUAUAUAUAUUACAUAAUAUAUAUAAUGUAAAAAGUAUUUUAUCGUUAGAUGAUAAUAUUAAUAAUAAUUAAAAAUAAUUGAAAAAGAAAGCGUUACGGAAAAAUAUUUUCAAUUAAUUUUUCUGUAAAUGUGUAACAACGUGAUUCGUAUGAUAGAUUAUUUUUAUAUUUUUUUAUAUAAGCGAAAAUACCGUGUAAAUAAAUCUACUUAUAAAUACACUUUUAUAUAACUGCAAGUCCCGAGCGAAAAUUAUCACUUACGUGUGGCAUGUAUUUGAAAACUAAAUACAGUAGAAUCAAAAAUCCUUCCUACCCUACACAGUAGGUCAAAAAACUUCAAAAAUAGAAAAUAAUUCUCAAUUAUUUAGUUCCAAAUUGAAAUUCCGCUAUAGGAUCUUGAAAUCUGUAAGAACCCACUCUAGGGUACGAUUGAAAAUAGCUUGAUCCUCUCAAAAAAAAGCUUAAACUAAUGAAAUAUUUACACAAAUUUAGAUCUUUUUUUUCAAAUAUAACCACCUCCACACAUUAGUGACCCAUAAGGCAUGCAUGAGUUUCAAGUACAACCAAUUAUUUCACUU